AUGGAAGGCGGAGGCUAUGGGUAUGGUGCGGCAACUGGAGACAAGCAGCAAGUCAACAAGGAUGUGAUGGCGGUGGAUAGCUGCUUCGUUGCAACCCACAACACUCUCGCAAAUAAUAACCCACUGCUCCUCAACGCUAACUAUGUCCACCAGGCCGGUGAACCCUCCUUGGCGGCUCCGGCUGAGAACAAUGUGGCUCCGGCGGCGGCGGCGGCGGAUGGUGGGCUAUGGAGGAAUGGGAUGAUGAUGAGGAGGAAGAGGUACAGCAGGAGCAAGAGGGCGUCGAUGACCACUCUCCGAUUGCCCUUCUCCACCCUGGACUCUCCCCCCCUUCCCCCCCCACGUGAAAUUGAUCCCAUAAGGCUUAAGUUUCUCUUUGAGAAGGAGCUCCAAAGAAGCGAUGUUGGUCCUCUCAGGCGAAUUGUGCUUCCCAAGAAAGCAGCAGAGGAAUAUCUUCCUGCACUUGAAAACAAAGAAGGGAUGUCCAUAACCAUGGAUGAUAUGGAUGGUAAGCAUGUCUGGAGACUCAGGUUCAGAUUUUGGCCUAAUAACAACAGCAGAAUGUAUAUCCUUGAGAAUACAGGAAGUUUGGUCAAAACUCAUGGCUUGAAGCACGGAGACUUUCUAGCAAUGUAUCAGGAUUGUGUGAAUGGCAAUUAUGUCAUUCGUGCAAGAAAAGCUGCAGAUGUCGUCCUAUAUGGACAUGAACCACAAGGCACUGUUGGUGAAGCAGCCAUGACUAAUGUUGUGCCAGGACAGCAACCUGAAGUUGAGGCAAAUGCAAUGGGAACCGGGGCUUACUUUCCAGAAAUGUUGUUCCCUGCGGCUGCAGCGGAUGAGACUGCUGGAAUGUCGUUCAUCUACGAUACUACAUCCUUCUCAAAUGACUCCCCGCUUGAUUUUCUAGGUGGGGCAAUGACUGAUUACUCGAGGGUUGGAGGACAUAAUACAAACUUUGGAUCGAUCGAUAACCUGUCUUUUGAUGAUUUCUUCUUCUGA